ACAGUUGCUUAUCGCCGGCGAGGCAGUGUCCUCGCGAUAGCCCUCGUCCAGCCUGAGUCCGGUCUGGAGGUCUCACAGAGACCGAGGUACCUGGGGUCCGGACAACGCACACAGCUCCAGACAGAAGGGAAAUGUUGACCGUGGCGCUCACACUGCUGGUGCUCGCGGCCGCUGCCACAGGCUCACCAACUCCUCACUCUGCAGCAGCGCAGCAGCUGUUCAACUCCUUCAGUGAACGAGAGAAGGCACAAUUCCUGAAGCAUCAUCUGUGGCGGGCACUGGACGGGACGGAUAGCGACCUGAACAUCCCGUCUGCGGAAACUCAGAAGAUACAGGAGCUGAACAGCAAGCUGCCGGGGGACUUCUCCUCCAGACUGCACGACGACGUGGCGUCGCGGUACAGCCUGUCGCGCAAGGGGUUGAAGCGCAUGGUUAAGAAGGGCCUUUACUGCAACGCCAACGGCGUCUGCCUCUCGAUAGAGGACAUCGGCUCCAACUGCUGCUACUUCGACAAGGGAUACGACCUGCGCGGUCUGGGGACGAGUGCAGGGCGCCCACUCGCCGUCCCGCCUGCUCGGGUCUCGCUCCUGGCCUGAUGGGGGGAGACGCGCGGCGACUGGCUAGCAUGUAGAACGCAGUGAUUUCAGAAAUAUACAAAGAGACAAGAAACCA